CACUACGAUAUUUAUAUUUUAUAGCUAUUUGUCACGCAUUUCUGGCAACUGCGAUGUUCUUGGAAGAAAUCCCAGAGCUUUGGUUUGGCUGGGAGGAGAGGACCAGCCCCUCUGCGUCAUCCUGCCAUUCCACAGAAUCUUCACUUUCCAUGUUGUGCCAUGGAAAACUCUAUGUGUUGCAAGGAAACAAGUUGAUCAGCUAUAGGCUGACCUCAAGGAAUGCAGGCCAACAAACUCUCAGAUGAUGUGGAGGGAAAUCCUGACAGGGUGGAUCCCUUCUACCAGCAAGGCAAAGUGGCUUGUGUCAUGUUCACUGUUCUCCUCCUCCUUUCAUUCUUGGUAAUAGGAAUCGUAACGGGUGUCAACUUCAAGAAGAAUUCACAAGAGGAUCAGACCAGAGGUCUUCUUUCUGAUGAUAUUACACCUAUCCCGUUUCAGUACAAAGGUGAUAGAGGGCGCUGCUCGGAUGGUUGGGUUUCGUAUAAGAACACCUGUUAUUUGUUAGUGAAUGUUUAUGAGACAUGGGAAUUAUCACAGUCUUUUUGCCACAACCAUGGGGCGCACUUGAUGGUUGUGAACAGCGAGGAGGAGCUGGAGUUCAUUUCAAGAGUUGUCCAGAAGCAGACUGACUACUGGAUAGGCCUCAAGAGAGACAAAAUGGGCAAAUGGUCCUGGGUUAAUGGAGACGAUUAUCAUUCAGCUCCAUAUUUCUGGGAUGAAAAUCAACCUUCUCAUCGUGGUAUGGAGUCCUGCGUCCACUUAAAAGGAACUGACUCAGUGCGUCGCAAGCCGUUGCAUGAUGCUGACUGUCACAGUGAACAUUAUCACAUUUGUGAACGCAAACUAGAGAAAGGCAUGUGGUAGGAAACUUUGCCCUUAUGCCAGCUGCAUUAGCCUGUUCUCCUAAAAUCCUGCUAUGGACACACACCUUCUUUUUUUGUACACUGUACUUGUCUGACUGGUGCAAAUUCGAUGUACUUUUGCUAUUCACAAGGCACGUGUUUUACAGUGUUCCAGUAUAAAGUGUUGUUAUAUGAACACAGCAAAAUUUUACUAUGUUCAGCUAAUUUUUGCUAGUUAAAAUUGUUAUAUUUAAAUAUAUGUUUUUACAGUGUAUACUAUAAAGUAUCUGACAAAGGCAGGAUUAAGGUCACAAUUCACAAAGUCAACAGUCAAGCUAAGAUUAGAAUUUAAAUGAUUAUGACCUCUGGUGGUGAGCUGGAUGAACUGCAGGUGAAGACGUUACAAUGGAGUAUCUAUUUCAAUAAAUCAAAGCCUGACUACUCUAAAA